CCUGAACUUUCCGUAAGAACUCAGUACUCAGCGACCGGCUCAUGAUCUUUUAGCCGAUCAACGGGGAUCGGUUGGUAAGAUGCAAUACACAGCUGAUGCAAAUGCGAUGGUAAUAUCCCGAGCCUCGAGCGGACGACCUCAAACUGGAAUGUAGGGGGGACCUUAUUCGUCCUGUGAGAGUGGGAGACUCAGAAUCGGUAACCUAAGCAAAUGUCAGAGGAUGAGCUUCCUUGAUUGGUCCCGGCACUCGGCUUCAGUAGGUAUAUAUCAUCAAUUCCUUGCUGCGAGCGCUCGCAAGAACUGGAUUAUCUUCUCUCCCUCCCUCUCCCUAUCUCUCUCUCUCUCUCUGUCUUCCACGAGUGUCUAGACGGAUGUGAUGGUCGUCCUGUUAGGAUCGCGUCAGGAUAUUCGUGCUCGCGCAGACGAGAGUGUCGAUCAAGGAACUUCAACAGGCUGGGGAACCCUGCAAAUAGUCACACCCGUCAUCGUCGGAGUGGGACUUCUCCUGUGUUUCGCGGCAUACUUCGUUUGGCAGCGACAUCGUCAGCGAUCUUCGAAAUUCCGCCCAGCGCGCGCAGAGGGGUUGUGGAACUCACUGAUCGCCAAGUUCAAGCGCACAUUCGCGCUCGAGAGACAUAUCCGACACCGAGUAACCCCUGCAAGCCAAUCAAUGAUCCUCGAUGACUCAAUGGAUUCACCAUGCGUGAAGUUUGAUUCCCAACGCAAGUUUCGCCAAUCCAGGUCGGAUUCUACAGAUUCUUCGACACCACUUAACACUUCACCCGACGACGACUACUCUCCUUUGAGUUUCGCCAAGUCUGCUCCGCCCCCCCAACAACAGCGACGGUGGUCGCAACAAAUUUUCCGCUUUUUGGGGCUGGGACCUCAAGAGGUCAAGGCCGAGUUCCCCUCCGCGACUUGGCGGAUUGACGUGAGCAGUACUGGACACGGACACGAUGCCAAUUGGCGCGAAAAUCGGAACGAGCCAGGGUGCGCUGUAGCUGAAGGUCCUGAAGAAGGAGACGGUGAUCCCGAAGCCGUUGACUUGGAUGGAGUGAUACAAAUCGGCGACGAAAAUUUCUCGAGUAUCGUGUCGACUGCCGACGAGCGCAGCCGAGCUACCGCCGCACCUUCGAUCCCUUCGCGUGAUCUCCAGUUAAAAUUAGGGCUACUGUCCGAACCACGCAGUGCCCAAGAAAACGAUCCUCCCCCUGGGUACAAGCGUGUCGUGGGCGCCGUGGCUGCCAAUGCAGCUCACCACCCUCAUCAACAGCCAGAUCCAUCGAGGGAAGGCCAAAGUCAUUCAACAGUACAACAGUCUGACCCUUCCAAGUUGUUUCCCCCUUCCGUUCGUGCAGUUGGGUAUGGGAGCCCGCUCAGGCAUGGUCGUACAGUGUCUUCGGAAAGCUUGUUGGUGUUACAGACCCCGAUGACCCCGCCAGGCAUAUAUUAACAUCCAAGACUUCGUCACCUCACCGGAUUUCUGCCAUGAGGGCCGUCCAAGGGCUCUGCAAGGAAUUUGAUAGACUAUGCCAGCGGAAACGGCGAUACCGUAUGGACCACAUCGUUAAUUGUUCUUCCCCCGUUGCUCCUGUUCUCUCCCCCCUAUGUGUCCUCCCGCCGCUCCGCCCUCUUCAGAGUCCAGGACCCUUACCCCGCGUAGUUGUCCUUUGGCUACGUCAAAUCACCUUGCGGGCUUCACCAUCCUCACUCUCUGGCACCAUU